AUGAACAGAGUAGAGAUGACAGGAUUGACUGGCACAAUAAAAUUUGAUAAUCAAGGUUUUCGUACAGAUUUUGUAUUAGAUAUUAUUGAAAUGAACACAAAAGAUGGAUUACAAAAAAUUGGUUCAUGGAAUAGUACGAAAGGAAUCAAUUUUACGAGGAGCUAUGGAGAGGUCUACACUCAAAUAGUUGAUAGCCUACAUAAUAAAACAUUUGUUGUAACUACCAUUUUAGUAGAGUCGACAGAAAGAAGAAUGCUCCUAUCGAUUUACCUCAGGGGCAACCCCCGUGUCAUGGCAAGCAUCAUGAUGAAAGAGGCCUUAGAAGCGUCGCCAUGCAGACUGGAGAUGAACCAGAAUCUUGUAUCCACCUCGGAAUGGUCUGUUCUGGAUGAUCCCUGGGGCAACCACCACUACCGUAUUAAAAUUUCAACUAAUGUUAAACCAGACUAUGUUCCUAAAACUGAUUACAGAUAUAAUCUAAAGAAACAAGACUGA